AUGUCAGCAGUUGAUCCAAAGGUGGACAAGUCCAGCCCAGUCCAGCCCUGCAGGGGAUGCAGGAAUGUGUCUAAUCUGCUCAAGAUGCACUUUCUAUCAAGUUCAUCUGCUUGUGCCGAGCUGGUUGAUCAAAUCCUUUUUGCUGCUAAGACCAUUUGGAACUCAUUUACUGUUGCCCCCUCUUCUGCUCAGCUCAGUGAAUUGGAGAAGAAGAAUGCGGAGCUAGUUAGCAAGCUUUCUGCCAAGCAGACCCGUUAUGAGAAGAAGACGUCUAAUUUGAGGGAGAUGAUAUCUGUGCUGAAAAGUUCCCUUGCUGAUGUUUGUGCCUAA